UAAUAGAAAACAGAAUACUAGAUAAACUAAGUGCUGCUGCCAGCCUGCCUUUUUCAACAGAGAGGUAGAAAUCCCUGUCCAAGUUACACACAUGGAGCUGAAAGAAAAUAGCAGUGCUCUUUCUGGGGCAGAUGGAUUCUAUAAUUCUUCAUUUCAGAAUGACUCUGAAGAUGAGGUUAUAAAUGAGGAGGGGUUAAGAAGCAGGAAUUCACAAAAUAGGGAUGCUGUGCAUAGUAACCCGGAGGAUACACACAUCAAUAUCGAGAGUGAUCAGCAUAAAAACAAACAAGAUUCAGUAGCUGAGAGAACAUUCUUAAAAGGGUAUCUGGAAAGGAAAUAUGAGGAAGUCUGUGACUUUUGCAAGAAAUACAAAACCAGAAUUCGAUAUGUGAUAUAUGGAAUUUUAAUAGCAGCUUACCUGAUGAUAGUCAUCACAGCAUGUGUCCUGAAUUUUCAAAGAGCCCUGGCGCUUUUUGUACUCACUGUUCUAGCCAUCUUCUUCAUCUGCUGGGAUUUUUUAAUAGCCAGAUAUGAAGACAAAAUUGCUGAGUUCUUUUCCCCUUGUGAAAGGUUUCUGAAACAACAGUGGUUUUGGCUAAAAUGGGUGGUGUGGAUAGCUCUAAUUGCAGCUAUCAUUUGCUGGCUCAUCUUUGACACUGCCAAACAGGGAACCAAUCAGCUCAUCUCCUUUGGUGGGCUUGUGAUGUAUGUUCUCUUGAUGUUGAUCUUUUCCAAAUACCCAACCAAAGUUGCCUGGAGACCAGUAUUUUGGGGAAUUGGAAUGCAGUUUAUUCUUGGACUUGUUACUCUGAGAACUAAAGCAGGAUUUGAUGUAUUUAAUUGGCUGGGUAGACAGAUACAGAUUUUCCUGGAAUACUCUGAUGUUGGUGCUAAAUUUGUGUUUGGUGAAAAAUAUACAGAUCAUUUAUUUGCCUUUAAGGUCCUGCCAAUAGUGGUUUUCUUCAGCACAGUCAUGUCUAUGCUUUACCAUGUUGGAUUCAUGCAAUGGCUCAUUAAAAAGGUUGGUUGGAUAAUGCAGGUUACCUUGGGGACAACUCCUGUUGAGUCCCUAGUAGCAGCUGGCAACAUAUUUGUGGGACAGACAGAAUCUCCUCUUCUAGUGAGGCCCUAUUUACCGUAUGUCACCAAGUCUGAACUCCACUCGAUCAUGACUUCAGGGUUCUCAACCAUCGCUGGCAGUGUCUUAGGAGCAUACAUUUCUUUUGGGGUUUCAGCCUCCCAUUUACUAACUGCUUCUGUGAUGUCAGCACCAGCAUCACUGGCUAUCUCCAAACUAUUCUGGCCUGAGACUAAAAUACCCCAAGUAACUCUGAAGAGUGGUAUAAAAAUGGAGAAAGGAGACUCAAAAAACCUGCUGGAAGCUGCUAGUCAGGGUGCCUCUGCCUCCAUCCCACUGGUGGCGAACAUUGCUGUGAACCUGAUCGCCUUCCUUGCUUUGCUCGCUUUCAUUGAUUCAGCACUGUCUUGGUUGGGGAAUAUGUUUAACUACCCACAGCUGAACUUCGAGAUCAUUUGCGCUUAUGUCUUCAUGCCAUUUUCUUUUAUGAUGGGGGUAGACUGGGAAGAUAGUUUUAUUGUCGGUGGACUCCUAGGUUACAAGACUUUCUUCAAUGAAUUUGUGGCUUAUGAGCGUCUUUCAAUGUUGAUCCACUUGCGGGAGAAAGGUGGGCCCGUGUACGUUGGUGGCGUGAAGCAAUAUAUGACCAUCCAUUCUGAAACCAUUGCCACCUAUGCCCUCUGUGGAUUUGCAAAUUUUGGUUCUCUGGGAAUGGUGAUAGGAGGACUCACAUCUAUGGCUCCUUCCAAAAAAAGGGACAUUGCUGAUAGUGCCUUUAGGGCAAUGAUUGCUGGUACUGUCGCCUGCUUCAUGACAGCUUGCAUUGCAGGAAUAUUAUCUGUACCAGUUGUGGAGGUUCCAUGCCAUAUUUUAUUAGGGGAUGCCUUCAAUGCAACAAAUUUGCCAAGCAACACCACAACACCAAUAGUUGGAUGCUGCCAAGAUCUCUUUAACAGCACCAGUGCAAACAAUUCUCAAGAGAUCUUCUUAGGAGGAAACUACAGCCUAAACUCCUUGAGAGGAUGUUGCCAAAUACUGGAAUCUCCCACUUUUAAUUGCAGUUGGACCACUCCAUUAUUUUGAACUGGGACCAGUCAUAACCAAGAGGCUGGAAUACGGUCACAUCUGUUUGUUGGACAGGUGGAAAGGAAUUAAGAGUGGAGACAUCUUUUUCUGCUUAAGGAAUGUGCAAUAGUUUGAGCCUUAGUUUCCUUUCACACCAGUACACUCCUUUGAUUUGAGUGAAUUACUCCUAAAUUACUCUGGGGUAAAUAAAAAGACAACCAGGCCCAGACAACCGGAUCAGUUCUCCAGUCAUGAAAUCAGCCUGAAGAGAAUGUCAGACCUACCAUCAUGGGCCUAGCUGCUGGAUCUGAUUCCCCUCUCUCUUGCGCCAGUAUAAGUCAGGGUAACUUCACUGAAUUUGAUGGAAUCUGUCUAGUGUAAAACUGCUGUGAGGAGAGAAUCGAGCCCAGUGCCUUGGUAGCUGUUCAGUUUUGAUUCAUAAUUUUCCCGUGUUCAAAAUUGUCAUCUACUGCCAUUGGUAUUUCUUCUUUUUAUAAUAUUGAGUCUAAAGUUUUUUACUAUGCUAAGACAAAUGACCUCGUUUGCUGUCUGAAAUCUCUGUAGCAGGAUUCUUCGUGCUCUUGCAGAAAGAUGGUAACUAUAUAAUUGGAAAGGUCCAGUUGUGACUUAAUUUCCAAAUCAGAUGAGAUUCCAGGUGAAAUUCAUUGUAUUAUCACUACUGGUUCCUUUGUUAUUGCAAUUCUGGGGUCUGAUUCUGGUAUUACACCAGGCUAAAUCAGGAGUAACUCCAUUGAAAUCAAUGGAGUUAAGUUGAUGUAAAUCCUGUGUAAAUGAUACCAGAAUCAGGCCUCUGCUCUGUAGGUCACUGACAUGGGGAGAACAUCUGUGAGUCUUGAACACUGAAAUUAACCAUGAAAAAAGAAUAAUCUGUCAGCAUUACAAAAAACCUUCUUUUGGGAAAACUAGCUAAUUUUAUUUGUCAUCCGGCUGUAUAUAUUUUAUUAAAAUGUGUUGAGAUUAAAUUGACAGAGCAAACUAAAAUAUUUUAUGCCUUUUCAUAAUAAAGCUAUUCUAAAUUU